CCACAUGUUGUCAGUAGCUGGAAAUGCUGAGUGGAGGAGCGGAGCGCACCAAACUGGGAGCGCACGGAAACUUGUAGAGAGUAGGCUACUGUUAUUAACAUCAUUAUUUCUUAUUUCUUUUCAUUUUUUAAAAAAUCGACUGAAAGGAGAGAUACCAUUUUGAUACACCCCGUCCUUUGGUGCAUUUUGUUUUUUUUCUCGCAAGAGCAUGACCAAUGCUGUCCCUAUGACUGAUUUUACUUGAGGCUACAGGGGAGAAAGCGAAAUGGAGACGUUUACAAUACACGACAUGCUCCUGAAUUCAACUGACCUCAACAAGAUUUUAUGUAAUUUUGGAAUCAAGAAUAUUUCGGAGUGCGAGAGCGAGCAGGAGCCCUCACCCGAACCUCAAGACAUCAACCAGACAGUGCGGAUCGUCCUCUACAGCCUCAUCUUCCUCCUCAGCGUCCUGGGCAACAGCCUCAUCAUCGCCGUCCUGGUGAGGAACAGGCGCAUGAGGACCGUCACCAACCUCUUCCUCCUGUCUCUGUCCAUCAGCGACCUGAUGGUGUCCCUGGUCUGCAUCCCCUUCACUCUCAUCCCCAACCUCAUGAGGGACUUCGUGUUCGGCACCGGCAUAUGCAAGCUGGUCAUGUACUUCAUGGGUGUCUCGGUGAGUGUUUCCACAUUCAACCUGGUGGCCAUUUCCCUGGAGCGCUACAGCGCCAUUUGCAACCCACUGACCUCCAGGACGUGGCAGACCAAAUCCCACGCCGCCAAGGUCAUCACUGCCACCUGGGUAGUGUCCUUCAUCCUGAUGCUGCCCUACCCGAUUUCCAGCACCCUCAAACCCUUCACCCGACGCAACAACAGCACCGGGAACAUGUGCCGCCUGGUGUGGCCCAAUGACGUCAUCCAGCAGUCCUGGUACGUGUCUCUGUUGUUGCUGCUCUUCCUUAUCCCUGGGAUCGUCAUGAUGACAGCCUAUGGACUCAUUUCUCUAGAGCUCUACCGGGGAAUCAAAUUUGAGGUGUCCAAUAGGAAAUCUAGCAGAGACAGACAAUCCAGCACUGGCAGCAUCAAGCCCGGAGACAGUGACGGCUGUUAUAUGCAGCCGUCUAAAAGGAAGAGCAUCACAGGCAACUCCACCAACUCCAGCAGCAAACCCAUGGUGAGCCGUGUGUGUGGCAGCAGCUCUACAGCCAACCUGAUGGCCAAGAAGCGCGUGAUCCGCAUGCUCCUGGUCAUCGUCUUCUUGUUUUUCCUGUGCUGGACCCCUGUCUUUGUGGUCAAUGCUUGGCAGGCUUUCGACCGGCGCUCAGCCUACCGCCUGACCGGCGCCCCCAUCUCCUUCAUCCACCUGCUCUCCUACACCUCGGCCUGCGUCAACCCCAUCAUUUACUGCUUCAUGAACAAGCGCUUCCGCCAGGGCAUGCUGUCCACGUUCACCUGCUGCAGCUGCUUGAGGAGGAGCGGCGAAGGGAGCAGCGGCUUAGGGAGGUCAGCUGGAAUCGGAACGGCUAAAGGGGAAACGGGCAGAGCUAGAGCGGGACCAAUGGCCACUGAGCAAAAUGGUCAUACCCCGCCAAGUGGUGCCAAUACACGAUUCACCUACACCGGCAUUCGUGCAUCAGCCUGGAGUGAGCUGACUUAAACUGGAUUCAUAUGUGUGUGUGUGUGUGUGUGUGUGUGUAAGAGCUCCGGCCUGAGUGCAAAUACUUAAAGGGAAUCUAUGGUUUUUUGACGUAAAGCCCUGAAAGUGCUUAUAGGACUAGUUUAUGAGCAUCUAUGUCGCUUUAGCUUGGAGUGGGUACAAUAGUUAAUGACUGUGGAGCAGAAUCGGUGUACUUUCAGUGCUUUCACACCAAGGUCCGAUCGGUAAACCCCUCCCACCUGGUGCAUCAAUGAAGGACGAAAAAGCGUCAAUGACAGUUUGCAAGAAGUACUCGACCUAGGUGAUGUUCUUAUAGAUCGGUUGACAAAAGAAUCUCACCUUAAGAGCAAUUUGAUUACUGGUCUGGAGUCAUCAGAUCGACUAGUCCAGUCCAAUCUACGUCCACGUUCAAGGAUGACCUUUGAAACUUAGCUUCGAAGCCAUCGUGGUCCUUAAAAGUGCUCAGACAAAAGGGGAAUUUAAACAUCUACAUUUCCUCAACAACUCUUAAUGCUGAUUAAGGUCAUGUGAUAUGAUCAAAAGCUCUUAAACAGCUACUAAAUAGACAUUUCCAGCAAGUCAAGAUCAGACUACCACCAGACUACCAAAUCACGUAUAGUUUCCCCUGACCACAUUUAAGGGCGCACAUUUUAGUUUUCGUAUGUAUUUUCCUUCUUUCCAGGCAGCCGUUGGUCUCUUAAUGAAGCUUUAAAGAAAUAGUUUCACAUUUUGAGAAACUGCUUGUCGAGAUCGAUGGGGUUAGAGCUCGGAGGCAGUUAGUUUACGAUUAGUAAGACUGGGAGCAACGGGAAACAGCUGGCCUGUCAACACCUGCCCAAACCCCUCUAUAAUCACUAUAAUUAACACUUUGCAUGGCAUUUGUUUAAUCCUUCACUCCAACUGAAGUGGUCAAAAAAACGGGAAGCUCUUCCCGUUGGCGUACUAAUGCUCUGUAUGCUAAGCUAAUCGCUCCCUGGAUAUAGCUCCACACUUAACGCACAGAAAAAGCAGCACUCAUGUCAUAAACAUUUCACUUUCUGUACAUAAAUAAAGAAACCGUGAAGUUACAUUUAAUCAUUAAAAAAAAAUAGUCAGCUGUAAUUUAAACUGUUCAUGAUCUGCAGGAAAGUGGCUAAAACAUGAAGAAAAAAAAAACAUUGGUAUGGUCCUUUAAUUUCCUUUACACGCCGGUGGGUCAGAAACAUACUCAUGGUUGUAAACAGGCUUUUAUCUGUCAUCUUCAGCAGUAUAGCUGCCAGUCAUGCUGCAAUGCAACUGCACUCUGUAGCUUCAAAACAGUCCUGCAGUGCACAAAUAGUCCCGCUCUCGCCCUUGACCCACUGUGUGUGUGCGUGUGUGUGUAUAUAUAUAUAUAUGUGUGUGUGUGUGUGUGCCCAGCGGGGUUGUGCUCUGUGUACUAUGGGAACUGGAGAGAGGCCUUAUCAUUUUUGUGGGACUUUGAACACCUGUAUCCUCUCCUCUUCAAAGAGUGAAUUCCCGGCAUUACCCACCUGAUUUCCACUGAUUCAUACUGUUAAAUAUAGCAGCAUCGAUGUAGCAACUUAUUCCCGUUUUCUUUUCCUGUACCAGUGUGUCGCAAUGUUCGUUGUAUGACCUCAGUGUUGUUGUGUAGAUUCUUUUUAUGUUUUCGGUGAUUUUGGCUUUCGAUGUAUUUUGUCUUACCAUGUGACAGUGUGCCUAUUUCUGACGGGAAGUCCUGUUAAAGCUGUGGACACAUAAUUGAAUGUAAUCCCGGUGAUUUUACAGGUUUGUCGUAUACAUCCGAGAGCAGUUUAGGGAGAUGGUAUUGUGUUCUUUUGGUUAUGUACAGACACACAAACUGUCUCCGAAUAACAAACGUCUGGUUGACCAUAUAAAGACCUAGAGAGCCCAGGGCCAAAACAGUGCCCAGCUAAGACUUGGGGCAGAGUAACUCGGAGCUUUUAACGGCUUUAAUGAAAGUGGAUCUAAAAGGACAGAGGGCAUUAGGGGCCCAGACAAGUGGCGGAAAGAAAAAGGGGGAAUCUGCUGGGACUUCUUCCCAGGGAUAAGAGCUCCAUUUGGGUUUGGUAGAUGCCCAAGGCUCUAUCCUCCCUUCACACUGCAGCCACUGGGAGAUGCUUAACUGUCGCUGGAGGAAAGUGGCUCAACAAAAUGUUUACUCUUUACAUUAAAAAAAAAGAUACACAAGUCUGGAUAAACUGUAAAAAAAAAAAAAAAGGAAAAAAAUGCUUAUGCUUCUGAUGAUGAUUAAAAACAUAACACAAAGUGA